AUGCAAGUAAAGCAACAGUUUCAGUUGUUGGUUGGCGUCACGCCUGUGGCUGUGGCUGUGGCUGUGAAGGCCAGGAAUUCAUGUUUACGGCGCCUGGAGCCAUGUGACUGGCCGUCAAAAGUAAAUGAGGAGGCCGUAGGGUACGGGGUGCACAAUAUUUAUGUACCACUUGGAGUUGGAGGAGAGACUGGAACUAGCGUAGUAGAUGGACUCGGACGCAAUUGUUGUUGUCAGACGGAGAGCGAGGGGGAUACAGUUGGGAGAAUUGGAGGGGUGCCUUCCCCUCACCCUACCGGCUGCCAAGAACAAACGCAGAAAAACAACAAGGCGGAUAAGGAAGAUAAGGUGAAUAUUAUUCAUAUCUGGUGUCCACCCAAUUCAGCCAUUUACAUUUACAUGCACGGAGGCGAAGAUGAAAGGAUUAUACUAACGCGUGGUGUUGGUGAUGAUAGGGUAGGGAGGAGAGAGGGAGAUAUGGCGGUGUACGAACCUAUUAAAGGAUGCGAACAUGAUGAUGAAGAACGUGGUAUGGCGGAUCCUAUGAUGAUGAGGAAGAAGAACAACAUCAGUAUUGAUCAUGAUGAGGAUGUUGAGAUGGCCAUUCAUCAGAUAUCCAAAUCGACAUCCGCCUCUUCCGCCUCUUCCGCCUCCGCCGGUGGUGCCGCUGCUUAUAAGAAUGUUAGUAAAGAGGAAGCGGCAGCGGCAGCGGCGGCGGCCUCAUUGCCUUCGAAGUUGCGGCAACAGCAACAGCAACGCCUUGUUUCCCUCGACGUUUUCCGCGGAUUUACGGUUGCGAUCAUGAUAUUAGUGGACGACGUUGGUGGGAUCCUGCCUGCUAUUAACCAUUCACCAUGGAACGGUUUGACCCUUGCAGAUUUGGUCAUGCCAUUUUUUCUCUUUAUGGUUGGUGUUUCCCUUUCACUUACCUACAAGAAAACGUCAUGCGGAACCGUUGCGACUAGAAAAACAGUUUUGAGGACACUGAAGCUUCUAGCGUUGGGCCUUUUCCUUCAAGGUGGCUAUUUUCAUGGCAUCAAGGAUCUAACAUUUGGGGUGGAUAUUGAACAGAUGAGAUGGAUGGGCAUUCUACAGAGAAUUGCAAUAGCUUAUUUUGUAGCAGCUUUGUGCGAGAUUUGGCUAAAGGGUGACGAUAAUGUCAACUCAGGACGUUCUCUGCUCAGGAAAUAUCGAUUUCAAUGGUCGGCAGCAUUGAUAAUCACUGUGCUAUAUCUGUCACUCUUAUACGGCUUGCAUGUUCCUGAUUGGGAGUACCAAAUUCCUGGUGAUUCCUCCUCCGCACCAAAAACAUUUUCAGUUAAAUGCGGAGUACGGGGUGACACAGGACCAGCAUGUAAUGCUGUUGGGAUGAUUGAUCGUAAGAUAUUGGGUCUUAGGCACUUAUAUAGACGACCAAUCUAUGCACGAACAGAGCAAUGCAGUAUUAACUCCCCUGAUAAUGGCCCGUUACCGGCUGAUGCUCCUUCUUGGUGUCAAGCUCCCUUUGACCCUGAAGGACUUUUAAGUUCCAUGAUGGCCAUUGUUACCUGCUUGGUUGGUUUGCACUAUGGACACAUUAUUGUCCAUUUUAAGAGUCACAGGGACAGAAUCCUGCGCUGGUCUAUCUCAUCCUCGUCUCUUAUAAUCUUAGGCCUCGCCUUGGACUUAUUAGGCAUGCAUAUAAACAAGCCUCUUUACACAUUCAGUUACAUGUGUAUCACAGCUGGUUCUGCUGGCAUUCUCUUUACUGCAAUUUACUUGAUGGUCGAUGUGUGUGGCUACAGGCGCCCAACUAUUGUGAUGGAGUGGAUGGGAAUGCAUGCAUUGAUGAUUUUUGUGCUUGUAGCCUGCAAUCUCUUGCCAGUUAUCAUCCAUGGAUUCUAUUGGGGGAAGCCUCAGAACAACAUUGGCAGCCCUGUUGGGUUAUAUGCGUUGCACCGCGCAAGUGCAGUCGAUUUCUAUCUUAGACUGCGGACCUAG